UGCUUUUCAAAUUCUGAAAAUAUCUCCUGGGAGAUCCCGCUCCUUUCAUUGAAUUUUACAAAAAGUGUAUCCAUCUGCUCCUGUCUCCUCUUCUCUACCUGGGCUGGAGGUGAAAGCCUCCAUGGAAUCCCCAGUGUAUAUUUUUCGUGAGGAGCCGGGCCCUACCUGCUCCCCAGGACCUUGCCCACUUCCUAGCAGCAGCAGCAGCAGCAGCAGCAGCAGCAGCAGCAGCAGCAGCAGCAGCAGCAGCAGCAGCUGGCUUGUGGACUGGGCAGAAUAUGGCAACAGUAGUAGUGGCACUUAUGAGGACUUACAGCAGAAUGACACCAACAUCUCCCCAGCUAUUCCCAUAAUCAUCACUGCAGUCUACUCCGUGGUCUUUGUGGUGGGCUUGGUUGGCAACUCUUUAGUCAUGUUUGUCAUCAUAAGGUACACAAAGAUGAAGACAGCAACCAAUAUCUACAUUUUUAAUCUGGCCCUAGCAGAUGCCCUAGUAACCACCACAAUGCCUUUCCAAAGUACUGAGUACUUAAUGAACUCGUGGCCAUUUGGGGAUGUGCUGUGUAAAAUAGUUAUUUCCAUUGACUACUAUAACAUGUUUACCAGCAUAUUCACGCUGACCAUGAUGAGUGUUGAUCGAUACAUUGCUGUGUGUCACCCGGUGAAGGCUCUGGACUUCCGUACUCCCCGGAAGGCAAAGAUCAUCAACAUAUGUAUCUGGCUCUUAUCUUCAUCAGUUGGCAUAUCGGCCAUCGUCCUUGGAGGUACCAAAGUCAGGGAAGACACAGGCAGUACAGAGUGCUCUUUGCAGUUCCCAGAUGAAGAUUAUGCCUGGUGGGACACCUUUAUGAAAAUCUGUGUCUUUGUCUUUGCGUUUGUUAUCCCGGUACUAAUCAUAGUCAUCUGCUAUACUCUGAUGAUUCUGCGCUUGAAGAGUGUGCGGCUCCUCUCUGGAUCUCGAGAGAAAGACCGAAAUCUCCGCCGCAUCACUCGACUUGUUCUUGUUGUGGUUGCAGUUUUCAUUAUCUGCUGGACCCCAAUCCACAUUUUUGUCUUGGUCGAGGCCCUUGGGGAUGUGUCACACAGCACUGCGGCCAUUUCCAGCUACUAUUUCUGCAUAGCUUUGGGCUACACCAAUAGCAGCCUAAAUCCCAUCCUGUAUGCUUUCCUGGAUGAAAACUUCAAACGGUGUUUCAAAGAUUUCUGCUUUCCUUUUAAGAUGAAGACGGACAGACAAAGCACCAGCAGAGUCAGAAACACCAUUCAAGAUCCUGCUUAUUCCAGGGAGGCUGAUGGUACAAACAAGCCAGUAUGACUAGUCGUGGAAAUGUCAUCUUACUGUCCUCCUGGAAGAGAGGAAUCCAAUGAUCUUGGACUAACUCAAAUAACCACCGCAGUGUGAAAUGGACAAUAAUAGACCUAUUUGAUAUCGUGUAAGCUUUCUUAUAGUCUGAACGGGCAGUUGCUGAUAAUGAGGGUUUCAUCAGCCAUGUUCACUGAUGAUUAGUGUUUGGAUCAUAUUAAGAACAGAUCUUUGUACAUAGCACAAUAUCCAUUCUGGCAAAAGACAGUAUACUUCUUCACAAUGCUGAUCUCUUUAUAGGAAGGGAAGGAUGAUAUUUUCCACUUAUGACACCUUGAUGCUCUUACUUAGGAUCCAUAUGGAUGCUAGUAUGUGGUUUUCA